AUGCGACCACGGAGAUCGCCACCGCCGCCUACAGCUAAAAUUAAUAAGGAUGUAUCUAAAGGAACUUCGUCUCAACUAGCUGGUGCGGAUGAAGCUGAAAGUACAUUAAAUAAAUCCCUUUCCGAGAGUGACAUAUCAAAAGCGGGCGAAACCUCAAGUAAAUCGCCGAAGUUUGUUUUAACACGCUCUAAACGGACAAGAGAAGAUAUGUUAAACACAGAGCUAUCUGAUUUUAAAGAGGAAAUGAAGAACAUGAUUACCUCCUUAUUUGCAGCUCAAGAAAAUGAGCUUAAGAAAAUAAACCCCACCUUAAAAGAAAUCCAAGUAACAAAUCAAAAUAUUGAGGCCUCAAUUUCAUUCCUCUCGGAGCAAAAUGAAGAGCUUAAAAAUAAAAUUAACUUGCUGGAGAAGCAGGCUAUUGAGGAUAAAAAAUAUAUAACAAUAUUAGAGGAUAAACUGGAAGACCUACUGAUAUCGUCUAGGAAAUCUAAUUUUGAAAUAAAAAACGUACCUAGAAAGAAUAAUGAAGCAAAAGAAGACCUGGUAGAAAUGGUUCUUAACUUGUCAAAAAAUAUAGGAUCCAAUGUAAACAAAGAAGACAUCAAGGAUAUUUACAGAGUGCGACCAAAGAAGGACGGCUCACGUAAUAUGCCUAUAAUUGUAGAAACUUCUUCCACCAUCCUCAAGACUGAAGUGCUAAAGUGCAGCAAGGCAUUUAAUAUAAAGCAUAAGAACAAGUUAUGCGCCAAACACCUUGGCCUUCGUAUUUCUGAAGACACUCCGAUAUUUGUUACGGAACAACUGACGGCAAAAGGAUCACGCCUACAUUUCCUUGCUCGUGACUUGGUGAAGAAUAAAACCUACAAGUUCUGCUGGACUUCAUACGGCCGAGUCUACGUGAGGAAGGACGAAAACUCGCCAGUUAUUACUAUUAAAAGUGAGGCACAGGUGCAUCAACUCUGCAAUGAAAUGUGA